GUUGCUGAGAGUGAGAGUGAUAACGACGUGGACGAGCAAUAUUUGAAUGAAUCGCGACGUGAAGGAAAAGACAGAAACUCAAACUUCCUUCCCGGUAGAGCUAGUAUGAUUUCAUUCUGACCCUUACCCUAGCUAUCACUCUUGCUGUCCUAAGGGAUUAUUUACAGAGUACUUUCAAUGAAAACAAUUCAAAAAGAGCCAGCAGAACCCAUACUUAAUAUUAGAUAUUUGUUAGGAAGGGCGACUUCUUAAGGUAAUUUAGAUUAUAGUAGAAAAAUGACCCAAUGUAAAGCGAAAUGGGUGUAGGCUCCCGGGGAUAAAGAAUGGAACUGGCUGACUUCAAACAGCUGGAGCGAAUGAGAAUGACGCGCAGCAGCAUUAGAAAGGUAUUUGCCCGUCCUGAACGAGUACAAGUAGUAAGUGAUCUCCUCUCCUGAACCUGUAUCCCGGGCAUCUGCUUCAUAUAAUAUAAGAUAAGACGGCUAAGAGUUCGGGAGUUCGGGGCGUAAUGACUAGAAUCAUCUUUCGGCAGCUUAGGCAGAUGUAGCUCUUGUUAUUCUUGUUGAGUCCCAAACGCUAUCUUCUAAUUAAACUCUUUUCAUGAACUCUCAUCUCUCGUUCCUCAAUUCAAUCUAUACCUAUUGUCCUAAAAAAGACUCAAACUGGCUUUCGAGUUUGACUUGGAAAGUUCAAUCACGUCGACGUCGCUGCCGCUCGUACCUUUCCUUCCAUCCAGAGUCCGAAAACCAAAUUCGAGUUGAUAAGUCAUUUCCCUCGUCCCUCUCAGGUUAAGUAUAGGAUGACGUCACUCUGUUCGUCCGUCUUAGUCCUUAGUCUACCAUCCGUCGUUUCACUCGCCCCUAUCAAGAGAAGAUAAGUAUAAGUAGAAUCACGUCACUCUGUUGUCGCAUUCGAUUCAUUACAUUAUAUAAGAAGAAUGGUUAGGUAUAUAAAGAUUAGCCGCGUCUAACAUUUUCUCACUCGCCCCUAGUAAUGAGUUAACUUAGUUCUUGAAUGAAAGUAGAUCGAAAAAGCUCAGCCCACCCUAACCCAUCAGCGGUAUUUUCAACGCCAAAAAAAAGUAUACAAUGGUCUUUCCCCAAAGGAACAUUUAUACGACUAUAUGCCAUGAACGACUGCGGUACGAUGAAAUUGCGACGUGGGCCUGGUUCAUGGUUCGACGUUCAAACGUUUAUGCCUCUUAUAUCAAAGCUAAGGGAACGCGGCUGAUGCCUACGUUCGCUAGUAAUAGUCACGCACUUGCCGUUCUGGUGGACGUUUGCUGCUUUGUAGCCUAGGGAUCAUUUCUUUAGAUGGUUGCCCUAUCAUGGGUUCUCUCUCUUUCCUCCUAUGUGACCUCAUCAGCUCUCUUGCUCUUUCCAUUCUCACUGACGAAUCAUCAUCUUUCUCGGAGUCUUCAAAGGUAAGUACGCGAUAUGUGGAUGACCUGAAGCAAGAUCUUCCCCCGUCGUGACCUCGGCCCUCGUUUGACAAGCACUCAUUCUAUGUCGCUCGUUCGCCUCCAGUAUCUCAUGGAUCUCUAAUAUACUUUGAAGGCGCCCCCCAUCUUUUGAGAGUCAAGUAAAGAGGAAAAGACAGAAAAGAGGGUCCUCAGUCCUCAUUGGGUUCUCAAACAUUCUCGAAAGAACUGGUUCAUCAAAAUGGAAGAUUGAGUCAUCAUUCGGCUGGACAAAGAAAUUGCCUUGAAUGGCUACGCACCUUGAAUGAUGGUAGCUUGAAUGAGUUGAAUCUCUUCCGGUUGCUUAAGUAGCUUCAAUAGUAGUUUCAUAGGUGUUUGAGUCCGGGACUUAUGUCAUUUAGUUGCUGGUCCCCAAGAGAAUGAGAGGUUCAUUUGCCUCUUCAUUGCGCCCCGGCUGAGAAAGAAUUAUCUAGGCCUUGCCUUCCUUAGUUGUUUUAGGCAUAUAAUAAUGAACUCACAUUGCAUGAACUCAAAAGCAUGAACUUAAAUAACUCUUUCUAUUAGUCCCGAACUUGAAACCAUAUUAGAGAAGGCAAUGCUAUGAUCGGCUGCUGCUUGGUUUGGUAGAGCUGCUCUUCAGAACCAGUUAUCGGAGCUCCCCCUUGAAACCAUUCAUUCUUCGUCCCUCUCCCGAGUCCGGUUCUUUUAUCUUUCCUUUCCCGGCUGCUCUUGAAUAGGAGCUGACCUUACCUAAUUCCGACCGUACGGGAUCUAGGUUCAAGGGAAUUCCUAUAAGGUAGGGACUUAAUACUCAUCUUAUUGAAAGCAGGUACCCCUCAGUCUGUGCCCUUCCGAGUUCUGGAGUGAAAACCUUCAACAACAAGGGAGCGUUCGGAAAGAAAACAUAUGCUGUUGUGAAUGUCCUUUCUUUGCUUUUGGUGCUGCUGUUCUUCUCCUGUUGUUCUUGGGUCUUAUAGAGUCCGUUCCAGUUGCAGCUGUAGUUGAAGCUCUUCCGAACCUGACUGAAAGAAUAGUUGAGUGGGCUAGGCACCUAUAAGUACUCGUUCGCAUAGGCUUGUCUCUUUUUCUUGAUAUGAAUAUGAGCGUAUAGUAAGAAUGCAUCUUCACGUCGCUAUCGCUCGUACCUCUACAUGAGAAGACCACGUUCUUGAACUCAAGUAAUACGCUCGAGACCGCCCUUCCGAGCUUCGCAUAUUGUGGACUGCGGUCCCGCCUAGAAAUACACUUUAUAGCAACGUACGCCUAAGAGAUUUCAUUCAAGCUCUUAAGUCAACUUAAGGAAGGGAGAUCAAAGAAGAAGUGCAAGUCAAAAUACUAUAUGCUUUACACAUGCUACUAUUCCACUCUCGGAUCAAAAGAAUGGCACCAGCGUUCAAUAAAAAGAAUGGCACCAGCGUUCAAUCAAAUCAAACUGAGGGCCGUACUAUUAGGGCUCGACCAUAGGGGCGAAGAGCUGAACGUAAGGGAAGUGUACCCACUGGAUAUAGAUAGGUGAGACGAUAGUCGCCUAAAAAACCAUCAGCAGUAUUUGAAGAGCUGAACAAAAGUUUAAUUCUUUGAACUUUUGCAUCUGACGAUGGCUCGGUUUUCAAGUUUCAAGUCAGUACCUUUUCGUCGAGUAGUUUUGAAUCUCUACCCAUUCACGCAAUACUGUAAUCUGCUGCGAAUGUGAAUGAGCUGACAGCGAAAGCUUCAGUCAGACUCUAAGGACAGACCGGACAGAGUUGCGAAGAAACUUUACAGACCGACCCGUAAAGUAUGUAAUAAUAUAAGUACUUUUUGGGUAGUCUCUUGUUCGCGGCAGUGACUUUGGAGUUCUCUGGCUUGUCUUAUCCCACAGUGACUUUGAGCUCUCCUGCAAAUGAGGUGCUGAUAGGGUGUCAAACCCUCUCCAAAAGUCUUUAUGGGCCCAGGGUCUCAAACCCUCUCAAAUUUCUUGCAUAAAUAACCACACUAACUACAACCAUGAAAACAACAACACAAAACUGGUAUCGGAACCGCCUAACAAGGUCUGCCCGUGAGAGGUGAACGAUCCCACCCUCUAAGGUUCAACUCAGGAAGGGAUCGCCCCGUGAGAGGUGUACGGUCUCACCCUCUAUUGUAUUUUGAAUUCCGGGAGGGACCGCAAAUUCUUUGUUCGUGCGAUUUUUGGCUUACUACUGAUUUUUGGCAUACUUUGGAUCACUCGAUGGAAUUGGGGCUUUAGUGCAUUUUGACCUCAUCACGAUGUUCGGGAGACAGUCGAUAUCCGCUGCUCCGGGUCACUAGCCACAUAUAAUUGGAAUUGCUCUAAAAUGGUGUAGGUCUCGUAAAGAUGUUUCGUCAAUUAUACAAGCGGAUUUCACCCUUGACUCUACUACAAAGCCAACUCAUCAUGAUGUUGGAACUCCUUUUUCAUUACGAAGAUGUAUCACGUCAGGAUCCGUUGCUCAAACCGAAUCACGCCAACGUUAUGGAAGUUCCUGGAUCGUUUGAAAUAAGAUUAGUACCAACCAGAAUCCAAUUUGGAAAAUUAGCUAUGGAGAUUCCGCGCGGUCAGAGAUUCAUACAGACGGGCCCUUAUUUCCAAGCAGGAAAGUGGUUUCGAUCCAAUCUAUUCUUGGGGUCCGAAAAAGACACUGGAUAUGUCAGUGACUUUGCACGACAAAGCGCUCUCCGAGGGCAUGGAAUGUCUCAUUUUUUGGUCAGAAUCUCGACAGUAAUGUCUAUGUUAGAUUCUCCGGUCGAAAUACGGGAAAACCCCAUAAAAUUCUCGAUGGAAAGGGAGUUUAGCUUAUUCUCCCCGGAACUGGAAGAUUCUUUCGAGAUCUUCGAGCAUAUUCGAGGGUUCAUUGUGACUAUUGUGACUUCGGCCAACACAAAAGAUGAGACUUUACCACCGUGGAGCGGCUUUUUGCAAAAAGAUGAGGGGGAAACUCAGUAAGAUAAGAAAGAUGUCGGAGAAGCGAAAUAUACGAGAUCACAAACGUAGAUUGCUUGCGGCUAAAUAUGAAUUGAGACGAAAGCUUUAUAAAGCCUUUUGUAAAGAUUCCGAUCUUCCGUCUGAUAUGCGGGACAAA